CACCCUCUCAAAGUCCCGCUGCAGGAUGGAGCAGACAGCUGUGAGGAUCCGAUCAUACUCCUCGUGCACAUUCUUCCAUCGCUCGGUUUGGUGUUAGACGAGCGAGCAGCUUCCACGCCGAGAUCUUAAGAGCAAAAGAUUUGUCGCCAUGUCCAUCCGGAGGCUUCGGAGCAACCCCAAAACACUGGGGGAUGUCACCGUGGUGACGGAGGAGCUGAAGAAUCUUUAUUUCAAGAGGCUGCUGCCGAUAGAGAAAUAUUAUUCCUUCCAUCACUUUCAUUCCCCGAGCUACGAGGAAGCAGAGUUUGACAACAAACCGAUGGUGUUGGUGAUGGGGCAGUACUCGACAGGAAAGACGACUUUCAUCAGGUAUCUCAUAGAACAAGACUUUCCUGGGAGCAGAGUUGGGCCAGAGCCGACCACCGACUGCUUCACUGCCCUCAUGUGUGGAGAGGUGGAGGGAAUCAUCCCCGGCAAUGCCCUCACAGUAGACCCCAAGAAGCCCUUUCGCAACCUCGACCCUUUUGGAAACGCUUUUCUGAACAGGUUUCAGUGUGUUCAGAUGCCAAAUAAAGUCCUGGAGAGCAUCAGCAUCAUCGACACGCCGGGCAUCUUAACUGCUGCUAGAAGAAAACUGAGUCGAGGCUACGACUUCCCGGCGGUGCUGCGCUGGUUCGCGGAGCGUGUGGAUCGAAUCAUCCUCCUGUUCGAUGCACAUAAACUAGAGUUCUCUGAUGAGCUCACUCGGGCCUUUGGGGCCCUGUGCGGCCACGAGGACAAGUUGCGUGUGGUUCUCAACAAAGCCGACAGGGUGGACUCGCAGCAGCUCAUGAGAGUGUACGGUGCACUCAUGUGGUCGCUGGGGAAGGUGUUUCAAACGCCCGAGAUCUUGCGGGUUUACGUCGGAUCUUUCUGGUCCGAGCCCAGGCAGACGUGUGACCACUACGGGCUCAUAGAGCUGGAGGAGGAGGAUCUGUUGGCCGACAUAAGGAACCUGCCGUGCAACGCCGCGGUCCGCAAGCUGAACGACCUGGUGAAGAGGGCGCGCUUAGUAAGGGCUCACGCCCACAUCAUCAGCUACCUGAAGCAGGAGAUGCCAACAAUAUUUUGCAAAGAAAGCAAGAAGCACAAUCUGAUUUACCAGCUUCCCGUGAUCUUCACCAAGAUCCAGCAGCAGCAUCGAGUCCCAGCGGGCGACUUCCCCGAUUGCACCAAGAUGCAGGAGAAACUCUUGGGUCAAGACUUCUCAAAGUUCAAGACACUGAAACCCAGUCUGAUGGCUUCCUUGGAUAAACUCCUGACCGCUGACAUAGCAAAGCUGGUGCCUUUACUUCAACAACAAGAGCAGAGGAAGACAUCCCUCCACGGCGUGUUGGACGGGGACUUUUUGGGGACCUUCAGGCCCGAGCAUCACAAGAGAGAUCCCUUCAAGGAGGUCAGGAGAAAUGACGAGAGCGGCGAGGCCGAUUACGACGAGUGGGCGGUGGAGAAACACAAGCCGAAGUACGAUGAGAUUUUCUACAACCUCAGUCCGAACGGGGGCAAACUGAACGGCACCAAAGUCCGCGAGUGGAUGAUGACCACCCUCCUGCCCAGCUCCGUGCUCGCUCACGUCUGGAGGCUGUCGGAUGUAGAUGGGGACGGCAUGCUGGACAAUGAGGAGUUCGCUCUGGCGGUUCACCUCAUUGAGGGGAAGCUGGAGGGCCACUGGCUCCCCCGAGAGCUGCCGUCUCACCUGGUGCCGCCGUCAAAACGCUUAAGUGCGGCCGGCGAGGAAGAGUGAGAGAGGCUCUCUGUACAUUGUUUGUAAAUCAUUUCCUAAUCUGGUAGUUAAAGAAACUAACAAAAUUAACCUGAACGUGUCCGUGACACCAACACCUGAACAUCACCUCUCACAUUGCACAAACACAGAAGCCAUUAUUAUGAAACACACUUGGAGUAUCUCAUACCUCACAUACUCAGUAUUAUCAUCAUGAGGUCAUGUUGUUACUCACGGAGGUGGCAGAAGCGGCCAUACAGUCCCGGAGAGCACAGGCAGCCCCCGUACAGACGAUGGCAAUGUCCGUUGUUGGGACAGUUGCACUUUCUUCUGCAGUGACUUCCGAAAUAUCCCCUUGGACAACCUGGAAACAUGAAUAAUGCAGCUUUCAGAUGGGACGCGUCCUUCUGCAGAAGAAGCUCCACUGUGACAAGAGCAGCGUUAAACAAAGACACAGUUUAAAGUUAAAUAAAGAUAUUAUAAUACAGUGUGAGGACACGCUGGUGAUGUAGAGCAGUGUUUCCCAACCUGGGGAUCAGGGCCCCUGCAAGGGGCUGCAAGAUGAAGUAAGUGGGUCACAAGGUGAUAAGAUAAGGCAGAUGGUUCUAACUUUUCUCAACUGUUUGCUUCCGUCUUGUGAAAUACUUUAGUUCUUCUUCUUCUUUCAGAUCUAUGAAAGUGUUCAAAUGAAACAGGUUGAGGAUAAUUCAUGCUGCUUACUUUAUGUUUGAUGUGCAUGGGACUUUUGUAUUCGAUGCUGAUUGAGGUAAGAUUCCUCCUGUAAGACGCAGAUGUUUUAAACUUUUCUUGUGUUGUUUCUGCUGCUUUGUUUGUAGUGCAAACAAAUAAAAUCUCAAAAUCCCUCUUG